AUGAAUCGCCUCGGCAAUACACAUAACUUUCUUGCCACGUACAGGCAGUACAAUGAAGACACCGAUCAUAUUGCCAGUUGGCUUGCUGAGACAGCUCGGUCUAUCGGAUAUGAGCCCGUAGAGGAGAAAAGUGAUCAGCCUCGCCAAAGAGUGAGGAACAGAAACAAAAAAGCCAAAGGCAAGAAGAGUGCACGCAGUGGAGGUGGUGGAGGAAGCGGUGAAAAGAAGUACUCGAUCAAGAUAGUUCACUUCGUACCGAUUGCAGAAGCAAUCGCAGACAACGAGGAGAAAAUCCUAGUUCCGUUCAAGAAGAAGGCUGUCGAAGACGAGCACGAUAGCAAUGAGCGGCACUACUACUUCAUUACCGUACUGGAAAACGCUUUCCGCCUGCUGAAGCCAUUCAUUUCAUCUGGACCCGAGGCCUACCGCCCUCCUUCAGGAAGUCCAGCCUACGAUGCCAGCGGAGCAACGUCCGAAAACCGCUUCGCGAACUCGACGGUCGAAGACAUCGCGGAUAUUGCCGAAAAGGAGGGUGCUGAAGAGGCGAAGCUACCGGAUUUUGGAAACAAACUCGCACUUGUACAGGAUGAAUCCGAACUGGAAGAAGAGCUGCAGUUUGCUGUCACUCUUUUCAUCCAAGAGCUGCAAAAUGUGACUGAUAUUGCCUGUGCCCAGUGGGCAAAAUACAAGGACGAAAAGGUUGACUUGAUCGUGCCUGCCAUGACUACCGAUUUGGCAAUCAAGUUGGUCCAGAGAGCAGAAACCGAGUUCGAUUUGGUAGUGAAGCGACCAAAGAAAUAUCCCACCAACAUCUUCCCUCUUUGGAGGCUUCUGGAUGUACUUAUUAAGCCUUCUAUCGGCGAAAAGCCUCUGGAAGGCGAUGGGAGCAUCUUUUGGCCCACAUACCUUGGUCUCAAACAAUACAUGGACCUUAUGGUGGACUGGACGCCCAACAAAAAUCUUCCAGCCAUCGUUCCAAAGGAUUUUGGCAACCGAAAAAUCCACGAUGCAACCCUGCGCGCAAUCGAGUUCGCUCAAAUCAUCCGUAUCAUGAUGUUCGGCAAGCAUCCUGAUGUUUGGGACAUGUGCUCUCAGGGCGUGGAAAUAGCAUUCAAUAACCGCAAACUUUACGUAUGGGUCGUCGUCGCAGUACAACUACACAUUGCUUCACAGGAUACCAUGGGAGAUAGAUGUGCGCAUCCCUCGUUUGAAUUGGAGAGCCAUUUCCAAAAGGUUUUUCGCCAACAAAUGCUUAUGACUAGAGACUGGAGGAACCCAUUGCUACCAGAGGAUAUUUACUUCGAUUGUAUCGAGGCAUGGAGCGACACUCUCGGGAAUAUACAGGAGUGGUCUUCACAGGACGGCUUCGAUCAACAAUGGAGUACGCUCGCGCUAAAGCAACAGAUCAAUGCUCAUCCUGUCUUGAAAAUGCUGAGACAGAAGGCGAACAAGAACUACUAUAUGCGUCAUCAUCCGUUGCUUUAUGGAAUAAUGAAGUACGAAAUGUACUUGAAGAAGCAGGCAGCAGGUUUGAAGAUGGAGUAUCAGUCUCUCUCAAUUUCCAAGUUGGCCCAUGUCUACAUCAACGGCCAUCUCCAGUUUGGCGAUGAUCAACCGGUCUGGCCGGACAUGGAGUUUGUUAUCUAUGCGCAAGAUCCAGAGUGGCUCUUUGUUGGCGGUCGUCCGAAAACCGUCGAAGAAGCCCAGAAGAAGUUCCUAAUUAUCAGUGGCUCAAAGGCUGCCAACUCUGCGCGCGACAUUCAAAUCAACAAGCUCAAGAUCGACCAGAAGAACUUGCGCGAGUUCCGUGACCCCAUGGUGUUUGGUACUGGUGUUUUUCUACCACGCAAAAAAUUCAGCAAAGCGAAAAUCAGCGUUGUCACUACCAAGGUGGAGGAAAUUAUCAAUUGUUUGAUUGAGACCAUCAAUAGCCCACAACCUUGGGGUCGGCUCGCUCGACAUAUUAUGCAAAUAAAGCAUGGGAACACAACUGCAUCUCAUCAAGCGACACCUCGCACGACUCUUGAAACUUACGCCCAGUGGCUGGAAGCGGAUCUGAUUGAUUUAUAUUUCGACUGGCUAGGCAUGGGACACAGGUGCGGUGACAUCUGGAGGUCGAUUCGCACAGCUCUUGAGCGUCUUGACACGUGGGACCCAGCUUCCUUCCAAGACAAACCUGCCAUGGAAGCGACGAUCGACAUUCUCACUCGCGAUAGGCAGUAUCCAAAGUUUCUCGGCAUUGCAUACGGGCUACUCCUCAAGACUUUUGAAGGAUAUCCCGCGAAACAGCCAGAUAGUAGGCAUGAGCCCGAUGCUGCCAUUGUCGCGAUAGCCAAGUACAAACCCCAGAUUGCUGCUGUUCUGGAAGCGCCCGGAGAGCUGAGCCUGGAUAAUCUGUAUGCACACUGGCGCGAACAAGACUGGAAGCCGCGUUGGGAGAAGAUGAAGACCGCGCCAGCGAAUGAGUUGAAGGACAUGUUCAUAGAGUCAUUUUUCAGUUCGUUCAUGUCAAAGGAGAAGAAGAAGCCAAAGUUCAGCGCACCUGUCUCAAAAGAGCGAUCUGCGAUGGACAUGAUGCAAAGCAUGCUGGCGCAUCUCGCCGCUAGUACGAGAGAUCUGCCGCAAGAUGACUUGGAUCCUGAGCUGAAGGAGGUCAUGAAGAGGAAUUAG